UGUUCUUUUAUCUCAGAAAGGGUGGAGAAAUGGAACUCGUCGUGUAAAUCUUUCGAGGUAGGCAAAGGAAAUCAGCGAAAACAAACGGAGAGGGAAGGAAUUCUCAGGGGUACAAGCCUGGAGUGGAUUGGAUCAUUACGUAGGAUCAUAUCAUGGUUCAACACUCGGACUUGGGAUCCCACACGUGCAGAUGUGUGUACCUUAAAAAGGUGGGCGAAAGUUGGAGGAAUCUUCCUCUGUGCAUUUUCUUCCUUGCAACAGUUCCGAGAAGAAGGAGCUCUGGUCCGAGAAGGAGAGAAGAGACGGUUAUCCAUGGGUCUCUGCGAUUUGAUCCUGGGCAGGAUGUUUAAGGUCCUUGUUGUGGUGUCCAUCUUCCUCUUUGCCGCCGUUACCUACUUUCAGGUGCGAGUCAACGAGAAUCCUCUAGAUUCAGCCUUCUCUGUGGCCGUGUUCAUCACAACUAUGAUAUCGAUCGCGUUCACUUUCUAUAGCCAAUCACUGUCCGAGAAGGAGAAGGAGCGGAGUGUCAAGACCGUCGUUGGCCUGUUCACGUUGACGGGCGCUGGAUUUUUGAUUAGGGCUUGGAUGGUUGUUCCCACGGAGAGGGCUUGGGUUGUUCCCCUAUCCUGCGUUGUUCCGGCGGUCGCUGCCUUGGCCUUUAUGGUCCUUCACCGCAGGCUUGGUGGCUUGGAGGCGGGCAAAUAGAAAAGAGCAAAAAUACCUCAUGUGGGGAUUUGAUUGAGAUCGUCUUCAUCAAAUCGCCUCCUUUUCUAUCUGGGAUCAUCGUUUUGUGACAUCUUUACUCGUCAGAAGGGUGUGGUUAUUAUACGUUGGAGAAUAAUUUGGCUUUCAAAAUAUGGUUGACUUCUAUGGUUUGUGAUUGCUAUACUUUUGCAAACGGUACUUCUGGUAAUUAGUUGAUGAUUUGAAAGAAUAGCUGCUUAUAUUUGUAUCUAGUUAAAGAAAAAAAUGAACCAGCUAAGCAUAAUGGUACCAAUUAUAAUAAUGACUCUAUUCUCGUGAUGUUAAACUA